GCCAGAAGUUGCUGUGCUUUCCCCGCAAUUUCCUCCCGGACAUCUGGCGUCAGCUGUAACUUUGUGCAAUUCCCUGCCUGCCUCGUGCUGCCCCUUGCCGUCACCCUGGUCCCUCGUGCUCCACGUCCCUCGCCGUGCCCGAGCCACGGGGUGCGGCGUGGCCCUGGGACCAGGUGGCAGACGAGUGCUUGGCUCCACCGGGCUGCCCCCUCGCCCGCCGGAGCCGGCACUGCCCUGCUCCUGUGUUUACCCUUGCCGUGGUGACUCUUCCCCCAGAUACAUCCUGUCCAGGACGGGUGAGUGUCCCGGCUUUUCCCCUACUCCCCGCAUCCUGGCUGGUGGCAGUAGGGGAGGAGGUGCUGAGGGCUGCUGGUGCCCUCAUCUUUAUGCUAUACAGAGCCUGGGAGUCACCGGUGGGUAAGGGAUGGGAUGAAGGCACUGCGUGGGGGCUUCUGCUGCCUUUGGGGGGGCCGGGUGAGAUGCACUGCUGCUUGCCCCGUGGCUCAUCGCCUGCCUUCCCACAGAGCUGAGCCGACUGCCUGGCCAGGAUGAGCUGGAGCUUCCUGACGCGGCUCCUGGAGGAGAUCAACAACCACUCGACCUUCGUGGGCAAGAUCUGGCUCAGCGUCCUCAUCAUCUUCAGGAUUGUGCUGACGGCUGUGGGGGGUGAGUCCAUCUACUACGAUGAGCAGAGCAAGUUCGUCUGCAACACGCAGCAGCCAGGCUGCGAGAACGUCUGCUACAACGCCUUCGCCCCACUCUCCCACGUCCGCUUCUGGAUCUUCCACAUCAUCAUGGUGGCCACCCCCUCUGUGCUCUACCUGGGAUUUGCCAUGCACCGCAUUGCCCGCAUGCCUGAGUCCUCACGGCGCCGGGUGCCGGCAACUCAGCGUGGCCGCAUGCCAGUGGUGCGGCGUGGAGCCGGGCGGGACUACGAGGAGGCAGAGGACGAUAAUGAAGAGGAUCCCAUGAUCUUCGAGGAGAUUGAGGUGGAGAAGGAGAAGGGCACCGAGGGUGGCGAGAAGCACGAUGGCCGGCGCCGCAUCAAGCAGGACGGGCUGAUGCGUGCCUAUGUGCUACAGCUGCUGUGCCGCAUGCUGCUGGAGUCAGCCUUCCUUUUCGGGCAGUACCUGCUGUUCCGCUUUAAGGUCAGCCCCUCCUACGUGUGCAGCCACAGCCCCUGCCCGCACAUGGUCGACUGCUUCGUCUCACGCCCUACCGAGAAGACCAUCUUCCUGCUCAUCAUGUAUGCCGUCAGUGGGCUCUGCCUCUUCCUCAACAUCUGCGAGCUCUUGCACCUGGGCGUGGGGCGCAUCCGCGAUGCGCUGAGCCAGCCCAACAGCCCACCCUCCAGCAACCCCGCACCGCACUACACCAAGAAGCCCCCCAGUGCACCGCCCACCUACCACUCCCUGAAGAAGGAGCCACUGAAAGCCCCUCUGCCUGAUGGCAAGCUGGACUACCGGGAGAACCUGGCCAACUCGGCUGCCGAGCGCUUCGCCCUGGCUGGCGCUCCCCGUGAGCAUGAGCUGGAGCGGCUGCGUGAGCACCUGCGCUUGGCCCAGGAGCACCUGGAGAUGGCCUUCCACCUGCAGCCACCCCCCCGGGCUCCCAGCCCCACACGCAGCAGCAGCCCUGAGGGCAAUGGCAUGGCUGCUGAGCAGAACCGCCUCAACCUGGCGCACGAGAAGGGUGGCGGCUGCGAGCGCAGCACAGGGCUGUGAGUGACGAGGAUGGACAGUGCGGGACAGUGGUGUGACACAGCAUGAGACGACGACAUGUAUUUGCCCGGUGGGGCUGCCCAGGGCGUCUCCAUCCCGGUGGGCAGCGAUGGGGACAGGGGCUUGGGGAACCUUCCUUCACUGUUCUUAAUUUUUUUUUUUUAAAAAAGGAAUAUCUUAUUUUUGUACAUUUUUAUAAACUCAGCAGCGUGCACCCUGGCAUUUUUAUACACCCCUCCCGAUUCCCACUCUGAGCCCGCACCUCCCCUCCCUGUCUCCUGUUGUAUCCCCACGUCCCUCCCCACACCCUGUGCCUGCAGCACCUCCAAUUCGUGCCUCCCCUGCACUCUCUGUGCACAUGCAGGUCACGACAGCAGUAAGGAUGCUCACACCAGGUCUGGCUGGUGAGGCUGCACCAUGGGCUGGCACUGAGCCUGAAGUAGAGGUAACAGCAGGGACCUGUGAGAGACGUAUCCCAGUGGCACCACUGCUGGGGGGUGCCCAUACAGUGAGCACAUGUGGGCUGCACAGGGCCCCUCUUGGCUCCUCUUUGGCUUCCCCCUCUCCAGGCUGCUCUUUUUAGGGAGCAUAGGGGUUUAUGUUUGUCCUUCUGAUCUCCUCCAUUUCCCUGCCAGCAGCUCUGCUUGGGCUUUGGACCAAAGCUGAUCCUCUCCAGCCUGGUGUGGGGCUGGGAGCCCUGUGUGCAGUGCCCAGAGUGGGUUGGUGGGAGACACUCGGGCAUUCUGAUCAUCUCAUGGGUCACGCAGUGAAUUUUGUAGCAUUGUUUUGUACUUGGGUAAUUGUGACUUUUUUUUUCCCUUUUUUUUUAUUUUUUAUUUUUUUUUAAUUAUCUAUAUUCAGUAAAGCCUGGAGACGUUUUGUACUGAA